GCGGCCGCAACAGCUGAGCGCGCGGCGCGUGUCACGUGGUGCGCGUGUCGAAGGUCACGGCGCGCUCACAAUGGAGCUCUCGGAGUCUGUGCAGAGAGGCUUCCAGACGCUGGCCGAUCCCGGCUCCUUCGACUCCAACGCCUUCGCGCUUCUCCUCCGGGCGGCUUUCCAGAGCCUGCUGGACGCCCAGGCGGACGAGGCCGUGCUAGAUCACCCAGACUUGAAACAUAUUGACCCAGUGGUUUUAAAAUACUGUCAUGCAGCAGCUGCAACUUACAUACUGGAGGCAGGAAAGCACCGAGCUGACAAAUCAACUCUAAGCACCUUUCUAGAAGACUGUAAAUUUGAUCGAGAGAGAAUAGAGCUGUUUUGUACAGAAUAUCAGAAUAAUAAGAAUUCCCUAGAAAGCCUACUGGAAAGUAUAGGCAGAUCUCUCCCUCAUAUAACUGAUGUUUCUUGGCGCCUGGAGUAUCAAAUAAAGACCAAUCAACUUCAUAAGAUGUACAGACCUGCAUAUUUAGUAACUUUAAACGUAGAGAACACUGAUUCCCAAUCCUACCCAGAGAUUAGUUUUAGCUGCAACAUGGAACAAUUACAGGACUUAGUAGGGAAACUUAAAGAUGCUUCAAAAAGCCUGGAAAGAGCAACUCAGUUGUAAGUUGGAGAAGUUACCGAUCCUCCGGAGUCUAAAGGAAAAGCAGAAACACCUUGCCUUUAGCCGAAUCGUCGCUUGUGCAAGCUGGAUGCCUUCAUGUUCAGUAGGAAGAAAAGUUUCCCCCUGAAUUUAUGCCAUUCAUCAAUUUUGACGUUUUAAAUAAACAAAUGAAGAAGAGGGGAGUUCUGUGCAUUUAGCUCAUCUUUGAUAUUACCUGUACAUGUCCUAUUUUGAUCUUUUGCCAGUCUUAUGAAAAGAAAUAUUACACCCUGAAUAAAUAAGGUGUUGUUCCCAUGAAAA